AUGCUCUCUGCUGGAAACAGCGUAUCGGCCCCAGGCCGAGGAUCGUCGACCCCGUUUUCGAACGAAGAUGCAAGUUACAAAGUUGUCCUCCCGCGUCUACCAACCGGUAACGACGUUUUGAAUUCUGUCUUCCUUCAUGCGGACUUGAGUGGCAGACCAUACCGUGCUCCUGACUUCCGAGACGCUCUGCUUGAGGUAGUGAAUACUUCAGAUAUUGUAGGUGUCGGACAGUAUCAAAUGAGCCAUGUAUGGAUGGUUACUUGCGCUAGUAGUGCGGCAAAACAAACCCUCGUCGCUUGUGGUGAGCUCCGUGUCAAAGGACUGAAGUGCAUGGUGAUAGAUCCGGAGACUAAAAACAUCAAGCUUAAAUUACUAUGGCUUCCACCUCACCUUGAACCACGACGCGUUGAAGAGGCGUUCCAGAGCUAUGGUCAGGUGAAGUCGGUGGAGAGAGAAGUGUGGAGGUGCACUGGUAUGGAACAGUGGGUGACAACAAACCGGGAGGUUUCCUUGGUGCUCAAGGACACUAUCACCGUAAGCUCAAUACCGCACAUUAUGUCCAUUUAUGGACACCAGUGCCUCGUACUUAUCCCCGGUAGGCCUCCGCUGUGCCUUCGUUGCAAGCGUGUGGGACACGUUCGUCGACAAUGCAGAACACCGAGAUGCUUACAGUGCCGCCGAUUUGGUCACUCAGCGGACGCCUGCGUGUCCACAUACGCCAAUAAGCUUCGUUCUGGGCAAUAUAACGCAGACGAGCCACAACUGGACCAUCUCAUGGAUUCUACAGAGGUAGUAGAUGCCACCGGAGAGACUACAGGUGGCAUUAGGGACGAAGACCAGGAGUCCUUGAAGCCAACGCCAAGCAGUCACAACAGCCCAAGUAAUACUAGCGAGGCUACAGGCGAGGAUGGCUCACCGAGCUGUACGGACGUGUGGAUCAUGGGCUCCGAAGGAGCGGCUUUUGCGGCCACCGGCCGCGGUAACAGGCUUAUGGACGAUGACGAGGAAGCGAGCUACCAGUUUAUUUUGCCACCACUGCCCAAGGGACCUGUCGUGAAAAACACCGUGUUCUUGCAUGGCGACGUGCGAGCGAGGCCCUAUAGGGUCGAAGACUUCCGAGAUGCACUCAUCCCGACUGGACUGCUGCAGGAGGUCAUGGCCCUUGGAGCCUACCAGAUCAAUCACGUAUGGGCAGUCACCUUCUCGAGUGACGAGGCAACGAAAAGGAUGCUGGCGUUGAAAGAGCUCAACGUGAAGGGGCGUCGUUGCGUUAUCGUCGACCCUCAAGACCAACAGAGGCCGCUAGACGCUACCGAUGGGAAAACAGCUGCAAAGAACCAUGCCGACGGGCCACCUGCAAAGACAACUUUGGCGAGAAGGAGCAGCUUCAAGCCCUCUCCAAACAUUCAUCGGGACAGGAAAGCCGGCGACAAGCCACAGCCGUCCGCGGACCACACCAGACCACCGGACGGUCCCGGAGGCGUCUAG